AUGCCUUCUGGAUCAAACAUGAAUGACCUGCUGAAGGUGCCCCUGGUGCACGUCCUCACCCUGGCAGCCCUGGGCUUGGCUGAGACACUUCUGAAAGCUCCCUUGAUCAGCACUCCUCUGGAAACAGUGGAUGCCCUGGUAGAAGACGUUGCCAAGUUCGUCUGUGUAGUGGAGUCGUAUCCUGAGCCAGAGAUUACAUGGACACGCAACAGCAUUCCCAUCAGGCUGUUUGACACGCGGUACAGCAUCCAGAGGAACGGGCAGCUGCUGACCAUCCUGAGCGUGGAGGACAGUGACGAUGGGGUGUACUGCUGCACAGCGGACAACGGAGUUGGGGCGGCUGCGCAGAGCUGUGGGGCUCUCCAGGUGAAAAUGCGACCCAAAAUAACCCGUCCACCUAUAAAUGUGGAAAUAAUAGAAGGGUUAAAGGCUGUUCUUCCGUGCACUACGAUGGGGAAUCCAAAACCUUCUGUUUCAUGGGUCAAAGGAGAAACAGUUGUAAAGGAGACUGCUCGCAUUGCUGUCCUUGAUUCUGGGAAUUUAAGGAUACACAAUGUUCAGAGAGAAGAUGCAGGACAGUAUCGUUGUGUAGCCAAGAACAGUUUGGGCACAGCCUAUUCGAAACCUGCAACUGUGGUGGUGGAAGUGUUUGCCAGAAUCCUGAAGGCUCCUGAAUCCCAAAACAUCACCUUUGGGUCCGUGGUGACGUUGCGGUGCACAGCAACCGGUCUUCCAGUCCCUACUGUCACCUGGCUGGAAAAUGGAAAAGCUGUUUCGGCAGAGUCGGUAGCAGAAACUGUCAAGGACAGAGUGGUUGAUUCCAGACUGCAGGUGUAUGUCACCCGGCCUGGCCUGUUCACUUGUCUUGCCACAAACAAGCACAGCAAAACCUUUGGAGCCGCAAAAGCAGCAGCAACCAUCAGCAUUUCAGAGUACAAGCUGUACAAGGGUGACACAGGCUACUGCAGCACAUACAGAGGUGAGGUGUGUAGUGCUCUCUUGGCGAAGAAUGCUCUUGUUUUCUUCAACUCCUCGUAUGCUGACCCAGAGGAGACCCAAGAGCUGCUUGUGCACACUGCCUGGACUGAACUGAAAAUGGUGAGUUCAUUCUGCCAACCGGCUGCUGAGUCUCUGCUGUGUAACUACAUCUUCCAGGAGUGCAAUCCCUCGGGAGCUGGGCCAGCUCCAAAACCAGUGUGCAGAGAGAAUUGCCUUGCUGUAAAGGAUCUCUACUGCUUUAAGGAAUGGCUCUCAAUGGAGGAGAACUCUCAGAAGGGGAUUUACAAGCCAGGGCUGAUGCUGCUCACUCUUCCUGAAUGCAACAGGUUGCCCAGCCUGCACCAGAAUCCCAGCUCCUGCACCCGCAUCCCUUUCUUUGAUUUUAAGAAGGAGAACAUAACCAGGACAUGCUACAGCGGCAAUGGCCAGUUUUACCAGGGCACUGCCAAUGUCACAGCAUCUGGCAUUCCCUGCCAGAAGUGGAGUGAGCAGGCUCCCCAUUUGCACAGGAGGACUCCUCAGGUUUUCCCUGAGCUGUCUGAUGCUGAGAAUUACUGCCGCAAUCCAGGAGGUGAGAACGAGCGUCCCUGGUGCUACACAAAGGAUCCAGCUGUGACCUGGGAAUACUGCAGCGUGUCUCCCUGUGGAGACGCAUUGUUAUCACUGGGAACAAGAAAUGAAGAGACUCUAAAUCUUCCCCCUCCUCCUCCAUUUUCCCCUACAUACUCCAUGACUGUUAUCAUCUCAAUCAUCUCCAGCUUCGCUCUGGUUGUGAUCUUUGGCAUUAUCACCCUGGUUUGCUGCCGUCGUCGAAAACAGUGGAAAAACAAAAAAAGAGAGUCAGAGACCCCAACUCUCACCACUCUGCCCUCCGAACUGCUCCUGGACCGGCUGCACCCCAACCCAAUGUACCAGCGCAUGCCUCUUCUCCUCAAUCCAAAAUUGCUUAGCCUGGAGUAUCCCAGGAACAAUAUUGAAUAUGUGAGAGAUAUUGGGGAGGGAGCAUUUGGGAGAGUCUUCCAAGCCAGGGCCCCAGGGCUGCUGCCAUAUGAACCUUUCACCAUGGUAGCAGUGAAAAUGCUGAAGGAGGAAGCAUCUGCAGACAUGCAGGCUGACUUUCAGAGGGAAGCAGCUCUCAUGGCAGAGUUUGACAACCCAAACAUCGUCAAGCUUUUAGGCGUGUGUGCGGUCGGGAAGCCCAUGUGCCUGCUGUUCGAGUACAUGGCCUACGGGGAUCUGAACGAGUACCUGCGCGACCGCUCGCCGCGCAGCCUGUGCAGCCUGGCGCAGGGCAGCCCCGAGGCCAGGCCUCGCCGCGCGAACCCGCUGGCGCUGGGCUGCACCAGCCAGCUCUGCAUCGCCAAGCAGGUGGCUGCCGGCAUGGCCUACCUCUCCGAGCGCAAGUUCGUCCACCGGGAUUUGGCCACCCGGAACUGCCUGGUGGGGGAGAACAUGGUGGUCAAAAUUGCCGAUUUUGGUCUCUCGAGGAACAUGUAUUCGGCCGACUAUUACAAGGCAAAUGAGAACGAUGCCAUCCCCAUCCGCUGGAUGCCCCCUGAGUCCAUUUUCUACAACCGCUACACCACCGAGUCUGAUGUGUGGGCCUAUGGAGUGGUGCUGUGGGAGAUCUUCUCCUACGGCAUGCAGCCUUACUACGGGAUGGCUCACGAGGAGGUCAUCUACUACGUGAGGGAUGGGAACGUCCUCUCCUGCCCAGACAACUGUCCCCUGGAGCUCUACAACCUGAUGCGUCUCUGCUGGAGCAAGCUGCCUGCCGACCGGCCGGGCUUUGCCAGCAUCCACCGCAUCCUGGAGCGCAUGUACGACAGGGCCGUGGCCAACAUGUCUGUCUGACCGAUGCAUUUCCUUCCUUGUCUCCUGUGCCACCUGUCCAGACUGACUUGGAUCAGCCCACGGACUCCUGACUGGUGGUGGCUUCACACAAUGUCCCACUGGGAGAGGAGAAACAGCUUGUUCCAAGCAAGAAAUACAGACUGUACCGUCUGAUGGUUUCCUUGAGUGGGACUGUGCCUACCAAACAGCAGGGCUGAUCCUUAGCCACUGAGACAGGACUCCUCAGGUUGGUGAGAGUGCUGGUCAUGCUAACUCAGUAUUUAUAUUUAGCAUUUCCAGGAGCACAGUUACCCAGGGAAGGCAAACCAACGUUUCUUCCUAACCACUCUUUCUUCCCUUCCUAACAGAUCCCAUCACACCCUUCUGCAUUUACACUCUUGUCUUUUACCUCUGUUUCCCCUUUCUCUUAUGUUUUCAGGUAUUAUUUAAGCAAAAAAAAAAAAAAGAUUGCAGAGUUCAAUCUUCUUUUGGGGAUACUGUUUAUUAUUUUAUUUUUGCAUACUGUUUACUAUUUUGUUUUUGCAUACUCAGUCCUUUAUGCAGAAAAAGGAUGUUUCUGAAGCCAUAGGCCACUUUCGUCUUCCUUUUAACUUCCACUCUCUCUCAUUACAAUAACACUGACAGAGUCAAAAUAGGAGCCUGCUGGACCAUGAGCAGCCACCUGCAUCGUAUGCUGCAGAGACAGGCAAACUCCUGUCAAGCAUGACACUUUCCAUUUUCCAAUGUGGGAAAUCCAGAGUCAUGUUCACUUGAUGUUUGUUAAAAUCCCAUCUAAAAGCUAUCCUUAAGCAUUGCAGCACAUCUCUCCUGCCUUGCCCUGAAGCAACAAAGAAAUUUGGUGCUAAAGGAGAAAUUAAUCCCAAAGGCCUGAUGCUGGACCUUGUAGGCAUCCAAGGUGUAUCUAUUUACUACUGUGUGGUCCUCACCGUGCCAAAAGUAGGAAAAAAUACAUCCUGUUUUUGCAGAAGUGGGGCAGGUCGUAUUGUUUAUUUCCUUUUCCAUAACAAUCUUUGCCUCCUGUUCCUGGUUUUCCUCUCCUGACAGAGUCUUCUAAGUCCCACGACAAUAUUGACUGGCUACCUUUCCUUGUGCUGCAGUUUAGAGACAGAGAAGUAAGCAAGGUGGAUGUCUACCACCAGUGUCCUCCAGAGACAAUCUGUCAGUUAGGAGAAGGUGGAGAAAGUGGGUUCAGACAAGAAUUGCAAACUGACCAUCUGCAGGGCAAAGAUGAGACUGCCUCUAUUGCACAUAGCCUGCAGCCCAUCUCCACACACCAAAGGUUUCCCUGCUAAAAGUUCUCCAAAUUGUAAUGGAUACUUCAAUGCCAGAGAAAAUUUUAUUCCUCUGGUGGCAGGUGUAACCUUUUAGCUCCUUGUGAAGUGAUGAGCAGAGCCUCAUUGCUGAUACAAAAAAAAGCCUGAGGCAGGGAUGUGCAUUAUGUCUGAAAAACAGGAAUGUGACUGAAUGAGUGUUUAUUGUGGCUUCUGUAACCAGGACACACUGCUUUAGUUUACCCAGAAAGCAGUUGCAGAGAGCAGCUAUCUAUGGUUUCUGAAAGUUAAACUUGAAAAUGUCUGUGAGCCAUCUUAAAGAGCAGAACUAGAAAGACCAUCCUUUCCUCUGAUGUUCUCCUGUUUGUUUGGGUUUUUAUUUUGUUGGUUUUGUUGGGAUUUUUUCAUAUAACCACAGUUGGUGGCACAACUGCAUAUUUUAAUAUUUUCUGGCCACUGGUGUCACUUUCACUUGGAGCAAAGAGCUUGCAAUUACCAAAGACAGUGGCAAGAAAAGAGGUUUGGGCUGCAAAAUGUUGAAGUGCUAAAAUGAUACCUACACAGUGAGCACAAAAUGGCCAGUGCUGUCUUUCCCAUUUAGCAGUCCUACCAUCAUGCUGCUAUGACACAACAUUUUACUGAGGUUUGGAUGCUAAAGAAAAAUACCCUCAAAAAUCCCAAAGCCCUCAAUUUCAAUAAAAACUAACUGGAGUUCCGUAUAUAGCUCCUAUUAUUUAAUUCUGACCAUCCUGCAGUGUGCACUGUUAAAUUUCUGUUAGGUUGUACCAGUUCCCUGUCUGUUUUCCCUGCUCUGAGGAGGCAGAGAUAAGGAGGCAGGCCUGGAGGGAUGGGGGGUGAUGCUGAGCGAAGCCCAAAUACACACCCCAGGACUUGCAUCAUCUCUGUAAGGGAGGAUGCACAUUCAAAAUACUUGAAUGGUAGUCAAGGCAUCAGGCAUUUUGUCACCCUCUUUAGAGGGCAGAGUCAGAAGCUGUGUGUGGGCCCAGGUACCCAGUCCCUCCUCUGAAGCUGGAAUGAUUCUUACGCUAAGCAAAGCUCACAGUAAAACCUGCACCAUGUAUUAAAUGUAAACAAACACACCCACUUACAGUGUGGAGGACAGUCUACCUUUCUGCCUUCUAGGAUCCUAGUGCUGGCUUCAGUUGUUCAUACUCCCAUUCCCCCAGGAAAAUGAUUUUAAAACCAUAAUCACAGUUUUCUUCUUGUUAGCUGCCUGUACACACGCUUUAAAUUUUCACUCACUUUCUUUGUGAAAGAAGGACUUCCAUAAACUUGGAAGUGUAGCACUUCUCAUCUAAUUUUCCUAGUCCAAAUGCUUCUCUCAGUGGCCCCAUAUUUAGGAUAAGAGUGGCAAAUUUGGUCUUCCUUGUCCAGCAUUCCAGCCUUUGCUUUAUAAGUAUGUACUGAAGUGUGAGGUAGUCAGUGUCUGCAGGUCUGGAGGGAAAAAUCUUGCUUUCUUGCAGGAGGAAAGAGAUGAUUUCAAGGCAGAGUCAGAGAAGCUCUCAGCAGCAUGCUCUCCAGGGAUGGUAAUCCAUCCUGCGUACCGAUCCAGCAGGAGGGCUUAGCACCUAAAUGGUGCUGUCCUUUGAGGAUUAAACUGUAGCAGGACUUCUGCUGUCUUAGUGUGCAGCUGGAUUUUACCGUUUCCUUCUGCUGUAUGCUUUCCAGCUUGCUAGGAACUGGGGGUUAACUGCUUUCAUGACAUGCCUUCUUUCACAGAUUUUUUUUCUCCUCCUUAUUUUUAAGAUUCUGUGUCUUCAUUCUAUGUCAUACGGUGUGCUAGGCCAGACUCUUCUAGACUUUCUGCACAAUUAUCAUGCAAUAUAAAUUAUUUUGAAUGGGAGUAAACAAAGGGAUUAUGAGAGAGUAGAAGAGCAAGAAAAGUUUGUUACUAAAAAAGUUGCUUGGAAGCAAAAAUAUUUUGCUUCUCUAGUUUGGACUUAUAAUUCAUGUGGAGAGAGAGGAUGAAUCAAAAAUUACCAUUUUUGUGUUCAUUUUAGAAUAUUUGUGUGCUGCAAUGUAGAGCACUUUUCUACAUUCAAUUCUGUCCAUACUGGCCCCAAAAAUAUGGAAUGCUUCAUGAAUUUGCAUGUUGCCCUUGUGUAGGGACCAUAGUAAUAAAUGAAUUUAAAAUUAACCUUUUUGGUGCUUCAGUUCCCAUUCCCACUGAUAGCAGAGGGAGCCAGCAGUCUGGGGUACUGGAUGAGAACCCCAAAAAGAAGAUUUGCAGCACAUUUGGUGUACCCAUUCCCUUUGCAAGUCUCCUGCCUCCAGCACUGGCAGCACGUAUACAUCUUUAUCCUGGGUGACAUACUGUGAACUCUGACCAACCAAACAGCACAGAAAUCCUCUCAUGUUCCUGUGCCUUUAUUUGACAGUUGCACUUAAAAUGCAUUUUUAUAAGCAUAAAGUCCAUAAUUGAUUGAACACUGUUUGCAACAUGAUCAAAUUUGGUUCAGAGGAACUUCCUCUCAAACACUCUGUGGGCUAAACGUAACUGUCUUGUCUCAUUUACCCAAGGGAAUAUACUAAUUAUUAUUCUGUGAUUGUUUGUUAUACCUUCAUGAAUGAUGGCUUUGAAAGACAUCCCUAGCAGAGAUGUACAUUUCUCAUUAUCUCAACCUGUGUAAGUAAGUAAUGUGUGCAAUAUUUUAUAAAAUAA